GGUCGAGCUGAACUCGUCCGCUAUAACUGCGAUAUCGCAGUCGCGGGUAGCAGGAAAAGUUGGUUUUUAGACUAAUCGUUCUUAUGUGGCAAAGUUUAAUCUGAAAUUUUAAGGCGAUUUUCAAAAUGGAGAGUGUAAAUUAUCGUUGAAGUUAUUUCGAAGGUUAAGCGCAAUUUUCUAUUACUUUGGACGGAAAAUUCGCGGCAUAGAAACGAUCGUAAUGAACAAGUUUGUACCGUGGAAAGUUCUGAACUAUCGAUUCCAAUAUGUCCGCAUUCAACAUAAAACCGUCUACUGGAUGGCUACAUUCCGAUAAGUUAAUCGCAAGACAAGGGGCAACUUAUGCAGUACGGGUAGUAUGUGGGUUGCCUGGAGGUUAAAGUGUCCAUGAAGACUCUGGACUUCAAAACCAGAUCAAGUGUCGCAAAAGAAUGUAUAAAUAAAGUAUGUGAAGCUGCAGGGCUGAAGACUGUAGAUAAGAAAAGGAAAGUGGAUCGAAAAGUGCAAAAGGCCAUUGCGGAAACCCCGAAUAUGACCCACGCAGGGACGAAUGUUACCUUGAAAGUAUCUAGUGUUAAUUUAUCAUUAACGUCUUUGGAGAACAACCAGGUCAUAGCCCAUCACGAAAUGCCUAAAAUUUCAUUUGCCUCAGGAGGAGACAGCGAAACGCUGGAUUUCGUUAGUUAUAUCGCUAAAGACAAUAAUGAAUUAAGAGCUUGUUAUGUACUGGAAUGUGGUGGCGGAUUAGCUAAAGAUGUAAUUGCUACUUUUUGCCAAGCAUUCGAAUUAAGGUUUCAACUGUUUUCUCGGCCGAGUACAAAUGUUUACGUAGUUGGUGCUACGGCUGGACCUCAGUCAGUUCAAACGGGAGGAGAUGCAGACAAAGACUAUUACAACGACCUUCCAGGAAAAGUUCCUCCGGACGUUAUGGGGCCCCCUCCGGUUCCUCCUUUGCCCGCCUUGGUACCCCCUUUUACCACGCUGCCUCCUGUUACCCCAAAUCUAAUAGAUUUUAAUUGUGAUGUAGCGUCUGCAGAAGGCCCUCAUCAUGAUUACGUUAAUGAUAACGUUGCAGUCAAUCGGGAACGAGACGUAUUUGAUAUGCAACCUUUCUCGCAACAUGCGUCAUCAACGGGAUCAAAUGUGAGAACAGAUGUAGAUAAUCUAGAACAGCUGAAGAAGGAAUUCUGGUUUCAUGGGCCUAUCACCCGAGCCGAUGCGGAGAGACUGUUGCAGAGAGAUGGGGAUUUCUUAGUUCGGGAAUCUACAAAUACGCCCGGCCAGUUUGUUUUGUCAGGAAUGCAGGACAAUAAUAAGAAGCAUCUUUUGCUGAUCGACCCAGAAGGCGUUGUAAGGACGAAAGAUCGAAUGUUUAGCAGCGUCAGCCAUUUGAUACAGUUCCACUUUGACAAUGCUUUGCCGAUUAUCUCUGCAGAGAGUGCGCUGGUUCUGAGGCAUAAGAUUCCAAGAUCAUCAUAGACUGGUGAAUAUAUCUUAUUUCAAUUAUUAUUAGACGGAGCUUUGAAUAUUUUUAUGAGAAUUUUAAAUUGCAUAUACAGCGCGAAACAACCAAGUAUGGAAUACAUUCAGUUUCUUAAUUAAAAUAAUAGAUUUUUGCGAUAAAUUCUAUUCUUUUUUUAAAUAUUCAUUGUAGUCCAGCUUGCUUUGAGCUGCAAUUUUCAAAUGUGAAAGUAUCGUUCUGAUCGUCUACGUAAGAGUAGGAUUCGAAAUUGUCUUUCAACAAUUCAGAUUCCGAGUUUAUUCCAUUUGGUUGCCCCAUGCGGUAUAUAUAAUGACAUGAGUACAAAUUUUUGCUCCAUUCCUUUAUUAGAUUCUAAUUGUUUUUAUGUGAUCUGCAUUUAUUUAUAAAUAAUAAAAAUCGUAUUUUAUAUCAGUUUUAACCAAUUCAUCUAAGGCAUAGAAAACCGAUUUUACCACCAUGUUUGUAUUGAUAAUACAGGGUCUGGCGAAAUGUAUAAGCAAUUUACAAACGUUUUUUUAUCGAAGGAAAUUUUUAUUAUUUCUAUUAUUUUCUCUGUUUCUUACGCUAAUUGAGGUUUGUCAUUUUGUCGUAGCACGGCUGCCAUCUUCGGAGGAAUAUUUAAACUGGCAACAUUUUUAAUUAAUUUAAUUGCGUUAGUUGGGAAUCAGGUUCUCUUCGAAUGAGUUUACGUCUGUCAGUGAGUUGGCAUACCAUUCAUUUUUUAAUUAAAAAAAAAAUCAAUUCAAGGAAUUAACAGUAAAGGUAUUCUUUUUUUCUUAAACACUUAUUUAUUUUUAUUUCCCAAUUAAUUUUAUUAUUGUUUUAUUAUUAGUUUCCAAUUAAUUUUAUAAAUGAUAAACUCUCUAAUUGUAAAUUUAAAUCUACUGGGUUUUAUAAAAUAUCGUCUAAUAUCAAUUGAGAUCUGAGUACUUGAUAGAUUUGAAUUAAAGAAAUCGGAGUCUAAUUGAUACUUUAGUUGAAUGGGCUUUGAAAUGUAUUUUUUGAGGUUUGCCUUAAGUGAGCUUGGUUUAAUGUUGGAUUGAGGAACUAGAGCUUUCUACAAUUUCCAUAGAAGCACAUUUGUGUAAUUUCCUCUGUCUAAAUAAAGGCAAACAACUUUAUAAAAAUAUUUUUUAAAUGGGUCUUCAAUCAAUCCAUGCUCAGUAUUCAGCCCCCAUAGCAAGUUCUGAUUUUUUUUGGGACUUGCUAAGUCAUAAGUUAGGUUAGGUCUAAGCAUAGAUAAAGACGAGGGUCUAAGGUACGUACGUAUUCUGAUGUCUAAAUCAAUGAUCGAUAUUUUUGAAAAAUAUUUCGCUGGACCCUGUAAUAAUCUAAUGUGUGGAUUGCUUCGAAAAUAAAACUAGCAACAAUUGGAUAAUUGACUUGGUUUCAUAAUAAUUCGUUUGGUUUUAAUUAGGCCGUGAAACUCACAAUAUAUUUGGGUGAUACUGUUAUGCUAAUGCGUAUAAUUUAUGUCUAAAUACUGAAAAAGACAAAUAAUGUUAAAUUCAUUUGUUUAAUAUAAAACACUUGUUGCACAGGUUAUGACCGAAAAACAGAUUGCCAUGAUUUUUGUGAUUAUUUAUUGUAUUUAUAUGGAAGAUGCUGAGAUGGUAUUAAUAUUUUUAGUAACUGCUGUAUAACUGUGCAAUAAAUUAGGUGUAUACGUUA